CGCAGGAAUACGAGAGGAAUAUGGAUGGGCAUGCUCAUGGCCUGAUAUGGCCUGGAUAUGGCCUGACUCGAGACUCACGAUGGACACAACCCGAUAGUCAUUCGCGACGUUUAAAAGGUCAUAGCAGCUGGUUGUGAAAAAGCAUCCUCAGCCAGCACACGAGCUUUCAGAGUACCGUUGAUCAUCACCCAUCCACAAACAUCUUCACGAUCCCAUCAUCAUGUCUGAAGUCACCAACUACCCCCUCAUCGAAGGCAUCGACAUUCACAAUGCCGAUGCCGCACACGAAGCCAACGCUGCCUUUCUGCGCAACUUUCCCAUUGACCGGAAUGUCUUUCGCCUCUAUGCCCGUUCAACCGGCACCUUUCUCCCCAUCAUGGAGACCCUCGACGCCAUCCUCAACGGUGACAAGCGCACAAUCCAGCUCCUGGACUACCAGCUCAUCGUCCUCCGCAUGACCGGUCUGAUCAAAGCCGAGUACCUCUUCGGAAUCAAUGAGCCCAUCUCCCGCAUCAACGGGCUGGGAGACGAGAAGAUCGAGGCCCUGCGCAAGGGACUGACGUCCAAGGAGCUGAUUGCCAUGGGUACAUGGACGGAGCGGCAGCAGUGUAUUUUGACUCUGGUGGAGGAAUCGAUUCGCACAUACGAUAACAACGAAGAAACGAUCCGGUGGGCCAAGCGCAUUAUGUCGGAUGAUGAGGUCGUGGAGUGCUUCAUCGUCCUGGGCUUCUAUACCACGAUUGCGCGCAUGACGAAGGGAUUGCGGGUGCAGAAGGACCCUGUCAUUCCCCAUUUGUCCCAGGCGAUUGUGGACACUAUCACGAAGAAUGACAAGGAGGAGUAGUUUUUGGUUGGAAGAUGAAGGAUGGAUGGAAUGAAGUGUGGGGGACUGGAUUUCUCACGAGGCUGUUUUGUUCUGUUUGCUUUCUGUUUGUUGCUGACCAAAGCGAGUAUCUAUCUG